CGCAGCCUGUGCGUCCUGAGCUGGCUAUUUCUGCUUUCGGAGGGGGUUGUCUUACACCCUCCCCCACGCCUACACCCCAGAGUCUUCAGUCUUUCAGGGCCCCCAAAACGCUGCGGGGCGGGGUGGUUAGGCCCCACCCCAGCGGGAGGCCCGCGACCAGCCGGGAGGGGCGCACGGCGCUCAGAGCGCCCAGGGCCGGGCCUCUGACCCGCGCAGGCGCAGAAGCGCGCUCCCAACUCCGGUUUCAUGGAUUCCCAGUCCAGCUGCGUGGUGGUGACUGGUUUCGGGCCCUUCCGGCAGCAUCUGGUGAAUUCCAGCUGGGAAGCAGUAAAGGAACUCUCCAAGCUGGGUCUGGGGAGUGACAUGGAGGUGGAGCUGCAGAUUCUUCAACUGCCAGUGGAUUACAGAGAGGUGAAGCAGAGGGUCACCAGAAUCUGGGAGGACCUUCAACCGCAACUCGUUGUGCAUGUGGGCAUGGACCCCGCCGCCAAGGCCAUCUUUCUGGAACAGUGCGGCAAGAACUGGGGCUACGGGGACGCCGACAUCCGGGGCUUCCACCCUGAGUGCGGCGUGUGCCUUCCGGAUGGCCCAGAAGUGAUCGCUUCGGGAGUCAGCAUGAAGGCAGUCAGCAGGAGCGCGGUGGUCGAGGGCGUGGAGGUGGCCUUUUCCCGAGACGCAGGUAUGUCUGCGAUUACACCUACUACCUGUCUUUGCAUCAUGGAAAUGGGUGCGCGGCGCUCGUCCAUGUCCCUCCAUUAUCUCCUUCGCUUCCGGCUAGCCUGCUGGGAAAAGCCCUGCAAGUUAUCAUCCAGGAAAUGCUGGAGGAGACUGAGAAAACCAGGUCUCAACGCCUGGUUCACAGGAAACUCAGCCUUUGCGAUUCCAGACAAGGGGAACCAACUGGGGGACUGCUCCUUUAGAGAAAAUUAAAUGUUUCAUUCCUGUAUGUAGAGUUCAGCUGUGCUUUGAGAGGCUUUUAAAAAUUUGCUUGUAAAACAGUUUACACAGAGGAAAAAAGUUCUGAAUUAGCCCGAUGAAAUCACAAAGGGUUAUUUUAUUGUCAGAAGAAAGAACACUCUGAAAGGCAGACAUUUCACAAGGGCUUAACUAGCUUCAGUUAUGGUUUUCCGGACAAUAAAAUGAAAUGCUAGUAAUUUUUUUUCCUCUUAAAAGUCUAUGCAGCAGGCCUGUGUGAUCCUGCCCAGAUUUCUGGGACCCCAGACCUGUUCUGCGAGCCCUGUGUGGUGGGAUGACCUGGCACUGGCCGACCAUGGGAAACGCAGGUGCAGCUGCUACUCGGGCGCCCCACUCUGGGCCUCCAAGCUUGUGCAUCCAGAUGCUGUGGGCAGCUUCUGAGCCACUGAGUCUUUAGUGUUUGGUUUUUUCUUUCUUAACUUUACUAAAAAAUUAUUGUAAAAUACACAUAACAUAAAAUUUACCAUUUUAACCAUUUUUAAGUGUUCAGUGGCAUUAUGUACAUUCACUUGUUGUGCAACCAUCACCACCAUCCAUCUCCAGAAUUUUCUCAUCAUCCCAAACGGAAACUCUGUACCCAUUAAACAGUGUCUCCACCCUUCUCCCCCCGAGGCCCUUGGCAUCUUUUAUUCUACCCUCCAUCUCUGAAUUUAACUACUCUAGGGACCUCAUAUAAAUGGAAUCCUUGUACUUUUGUGACUGGCUUAUUUCACUUAGCAUAAUGUCUUCAAGGUUCAUCCAUGUUGUGGCAUGCAUCAGAAUUUCCUCCCUUUGAGGCUGAAUAAUAUUCCAUUGUAUGUAUAGACUACAUUUUGUUUAUCCAUUCAUCUUUUGAUGGACACUGGGUUGCUUUUACCUUUUGGUUAUUGUGAAUACUACUACUAUGAACACUGCUGUGCAAAUAUCUGUUAGAA